AUGUGGUUGUCGUUUGCAUUGGAAGUACUCCUAACAGUAACGUACGCAGUAAACUGUAAUAUGCAAGUGCUCAGUUCAUCAAAUAUACCUUCACAACCAAUUUUUUUCGGACCUGAGGUUGUUGUGAACAUCACGUGUCUCAAUGGAGGUUCUAUUAUCGAUGGUAAAUGCCAUUGUCAACCACGUUUUGAGGGUACUCAAUGCGAAUUGGAACCAUGUUUGAAUGGUGGAAUGAGGUCAAAAUCGCCGUCAGCAAAUGGCAGAUGUCAUUGCCCAUACGGUCUCACAGGUGACAGAUGCGAACGAGUGACGCAUUGCGUUGAGGGCAAGGGUAAAUUGGUUGAUGGUAAAUGCAAAUGCAGUGAUCGUUGGUCUGGGCUGUUUUGCCAGCUGCGAACCUGUUACAACGGCGUUUCGGUUGGCAGUGAUGCAGGGACGUUCUGUUUAUGCGAUAUUGGCUAUAAGGGACCAUUUUGUGACAUACCGAUCGUUUGCAUUCAUGGUGCUAUUUCAUCCGAGAACGUUUGUGUUUGUGAGCCGAAUUGGGUCGGUGAAAGUUGUGAUCGAUGCGCAAUCGUAAUUCAUUCAGAUCAUCGUUUGGAGGAUAACGAAUGCCAUUUGAUCGUAAAUGAUGAAGAGGCGUUGAUGGUUAUCAAGAAUCCAGAUGGGCAUGAGUACUGGACAAUAGUUGUGAUAGGUGGAUGCGUCGCAUUUAUCGUAGUAUUGAUAGCAAUAAGCAGUGUUGUUGUUAUUAAAAGAUACCAUUCAAAGGCAUCUCGAGUUGGCUUGACUGCCGCUACGGAUGUUUGA